AUGGCGUGGACGUACCCAGCGCGGCAAAAAAUCACUACAGCAUUGUUGCUGCGUCGUCUACGACGGAGACGGAAGCGGACUAUGUACAUCCGAGAGAUAUUCGACAAGCGGCCUUACAUUGGGCAGUACCACAACCUCGUACAGGAGCUGCGGCAAGUGGAUCCAGAAUACCAUUUCAAGUAUUUCAGGGCAGGGAUGACCAAGGCAUCAUUCGACCGUUUGUUGGGCCUGGUGUACUACAGGCUGUUGCAUCCUCCGAAUCAUAGAAGACCCAUAUCUCCUGCGGAGAGACUAGCAGUCACAUUGAGAUUCCUGGCAACCGGCAGUUCCAUGCAGGACACCGCCAUCAAUUACUGUAUGCACGUUUCAACCGUGUCCAACAUAUUGAGCGAGACCCUUGCGGCAAUAUGGGACUGCCUCUCACCACUCGUGUUAAAACCACCAACAACAGCCAAGUGGGAGAAAAUCCGGCAAGUGUACAGCUCUAGGUGGAACUUUCCGAAUGUCAUUGGAAGUAUAGAUGGCAAACAUUUUGCUAUUCGGUGUCCGGACAGAAGCGUCUCUGACUUCUUUAAUUACAAAGGGUUCUAUUCUAUUGUACUGCUUGCAGUGGCUGAUGCAGAAUACCGCUUUAUCCUAGUUGAUGUUGGGGCUCAAGGGCGAGUAUCAGAUGGUGCGUGUUUCAAUGAAAGUGUAUCAAGGAACACUUUGAACGUGGAACGCUUGGACUACCUUCAUCAGCCUGUCGGUGGCCUGUUUGUAUGGUGGCGCUCAUUUCUGUCUGCUGUCACCGGAACGCCGGACUUCCUUACUGACAUGGUGAAGGCAGGCGUCUGCCUACACAAUUUCUUGAUGUUGGACGCUGCAUACUGUCCAGAAGGCUAUGCUGAUACUGUGUGUGGGGAGAAUGUGCAAGAAGGCCUUUGGAGGCAAACAGUAACACAAGUAGGAUGCAAGGAGGCUGUGGACGCUGCUGCACGCCGGGCUCCUCAACUCAGGCGCGUCCAACUGAUGCUCAUUUAUUUCACCAAGGGUAACACGGUGCGAAUGCCGAACGAGCUCAAGCAACAAAUGUGCAGCACCUCCUGGCUAACAGGAUCUGCUCGGGAUUCGCUUCUGUACAAGGUCGAUCGAGAGUUACGCUUUUGA